GCCUUUGGUCAUUACGGUAACCACACGGAACUCCUGGUGUCAAAAAUGGCGCUGUCCUGUCCGAGCCUGUGUAGCCAGUUGUCUUUGAUCCGACUCUAUGGUCUCAGGACAAACAGGAUAACUAAUGGCCUUUAUUCUUCAUAUGUGUCAUGUCCGUCAAGGUUGCCCCUGUGUAGACACUACUCAACGUCUAAAGUUGGACGAGGUGUCGCCACAAAGCUCCAGAAGGCAAAUACCAAAUAUGAAGGUUUCCUGAAAAGGCGAUUUCCUCGCUUUUUUCAGCUUUACCACACUUUUGUGGAAGGAUUCAAACUGUUGUUCAAAGAUGCCAACGAAGUGAAGAAGAUAAAAGUAAAGAUGGGCUCACAAGGGCUACAGUUCCGGGAUCUGCCCUACAGAGACAUGGAGAAACUCAGACAGUUUCGCAGAGACUUCAUGAAGGCGAUUCCACUGCUCUUGAUAUCCCUCCCUCCCUUUGCCAACUACCUGGUUUUUGUCUUGAUGUACUUUUUCCCACGCCAGCUCCUGAUCCGUCAUUUCUGGACUCCCAGGCAACAGGCAGAGUUUCAGGGAUUGUACCAUGCCCUCAGGGUCCAGCACCACCAGCCAGUUCUCAAAGGGCUUGAGAAUAAGAGCCAUCAGGUCAAAGACAGUCAGCUGCAGAGUCGCCUUAAGGGCCUGUGUGCUAAAGUGCAAAGUGGACAAAACCCUCAAGUGUCUGACAUCCUUGCCGUUCGGGGCCUGUUCUCUGGACGCCCUCUGGGUAUAAGAUGGAUGGGAGUGAAUCAGAUGAGACACAUCAGCCCCCUGCUCUUCCUGACGCCUCGCCUUCCGGGGUUCCUGAUUGGCUGGCGGCUGAACAAUCAUGCCCUGGAGCUGCUCCAGCUGGACCGGGCCCUCAGCAGGCUGGGAGCUCAUCAGCUGAGUGACGAUGAGCUCAGAGAGGCUUGUUAUGUAAGGGGGCUCAAUUCUACUCAUCUUGGCGCUAAGGAGUGUCAUGAGUGGUUAACCCAGUGGCUUCAGGUGACCUCCUCAUUGAAAGACUCAGAGGUGUCACUGCUUUUGCACAACAUGGUAUUUCUCUCUGCCAACUAUCCAAAGGGUCCCAGCCCACACUGACAGGAAGUCUGAAGCGAUCUGCUCUGGUGAUUAUGUCCUCUUUCGUGCGGCGGGCAAUAAAACUUCCUGAGAGCUUU